AUGGCCACGCCACAGGACGCGAAAAACAAAAAUGACGUUUUGUCCGAUGUUCAGCGUCUGCACAUGGAGACUGUGAAAGCCAAACUACAGAGUGAAACAACGCCCUCCUCCCUACUGGGUGGCCAGUCUGUGCCAGAACUUCUUCUCAACAACUACUACUUACCCGUGUCAGUGAGUGAGGAUGGAAGUGAAUGUCUUGAGCUAGACUCAGAGAUGUGCUCAACUGUGGAAGAGUUUCUCUCACAGGCAUUUUCUCCAGACAGUGAGGGCUGCAGGAUUGUUCUGUACGGAACUGUCGGUGUUGGCAAGACCACAGCGACUGAGUGGCUCCUUAAGGAUUGGGCCAGUGGCGCGUGCCUGCAGCAAUACACGCUGUUGCUGAAAGUAUGCGCGAGGGAGAUGAACAAACCUGCAGAGGAGUUCAGCCUGCAAAACCUGCUGCUUCGCGCGCACGCACACCUCACAGCUGAGUUUCUCUCCCUUGCCUUCCAGAGGCCCAACACUCUGCUCCUCAUACUUGAUGGGCUGGAGAACUGCCAAAACCUUUCGGACGUCUCUGGGUUGAUCUCCGACCCACUGCAGAAAGCAUCUGCCUCAGUGCUACUUGCCAGCCUGCUGAAGGGCUCUCUGCUGCCCGCUGCCUCUGUGUUGGUAACGUCAAGAGAACCAGUCAGUCUGGAGCCUGUGCAGUGUGUGCAGGUACUGGGUUUCUCUGAGGUCCAGUGGAGAACCUUCUUCCAGCGGUUCUUCAGCGAAAAAGAUGGGGCCGCACGGGUCUUCCAGCACUGCAAGCAGACCCUUGGAGUGCAGGAUCUGUGCGUGUGUCCUGCAUUUUGCUGGACGCUGUGCAGUGUGUUUAAAACCCAGCUACAGUCGGGGGAGGAGUUCCCUCAGACUCUCACCCAGCUCCUCAGCAUGAUCACAGUUAAACUACUACAGGAGCAGGGAAUGUGUGAGGAACGGAGAAGAGUUCUUCUGAUUGGUCUAGGGAGACUAGCCAACCAGUGUACUCCUUUCACAAACUACACCAGCUCCCAGUACACACAUAGUACCUUCUCAACUAGUCACAUCAUUGCGUGUGGUCUGCAGGAUCUCUUAGAUUCCCAAAAGCUCUUUGCAUUCAUUCGUAUGACCCAUGAUGUUGCCACCUCUGAUGGAACGUUCUGCUUCCUCUCUCCCGUAAUGCAAGAGUUUCUCGUGGCGCUUUCUUUCUACUUAGACCAAUCAGGGCCUGACGAGGGCAAGGCAGUGGUCGGGCGCUCGGGCCUCUGCGAUGCGUUUCUGGCCGGGCUCUCCGAUCCAUCGCAACGGAAGCUUCUGGAAGGCUCUGUGGGGGUUUUCAGAAGUGAACGCGUCUCCGAGUUCCGUGAUUGGCUGAGGGACAAAGCAGUUGAGGUGUUACAGGGUUUCGCAAAGGAGGAGCACAUCAACUGCAUGCGCCUCCUGCAGCACACCCAAGACCCAAGACUAAUCAGAGAGAGCGUCCAACCCAACAGCUGGAGGACUUUAAGUUACAGUCACCUGCAGGACCGAGACUACGCAACGCUGUCGUAUGUGACGAGCUGUUUGGAGGAAGUUAGGGAACUGAACUUGUACGGAAGCUCCUUAACGGAACAGCAGGUGCUCGCUCUUACACCCGCGCUUCGUCUGGCGCACUCCAUCACUCUUUCUCAGAGCACACUCAGCCCGGCUGUGGUAAGGCAGCUAGCAGCAGCAUUGAGCGACAGCCAUGUGACCGAUUUGGAUCUGUCCUCGACCAAACUGGGAGACGCAGGAGCGGACGUCCUCUUCCCAGGACUCACCCAUUCGGAUCUGUCGAAACUCAAGUUAUCGGCAUGUGCAUUGACGGAGGCAUGCGGUAAAUCACUGGCUAUUAUGUUGGCUGGUGGUUCUAAGCUGCGGAUAUUAGACCUGAGAGCAAAUGACCUGCGGGAUCAAGGUCUCAUUCCUCUUUGUGAUAUGCUCCGCAGCACUCAUUGCAAACUGCAGGAGCUCUGUCUUGACAGUUGUGAACUAACAGUUGCGUCAAUGCCAGCAUUGGCCUCUGCUCUGACUGGUGGUCUCUCAGGACUGAAGAGUCUGGACUUGAUGAGGAACUCAGUCACUGACCAGGGAGUGCAGUCCCUCUCCCAUGCGUUACAGGAGGGAAACUGCAGCCUGACCACUCUGAGGUUGUUUGAUUGCGAGUUAACUGGCUCCUGUUGCUCUGCUCUGGCUGCUGCUCUUCAGUCGGCAAACUGUUCUCUGACUGACCUGGAGCUGUCAGUCAAUGAACUCGGCGAAUCAGGAGCCAUGCUCAUCUGUGACGCCCUCAAAUCACCCAACUGUUCUUUGGAGAAACUAAGUAUUGUGAGGUGUGAGCUGACUGAAGCAAACUUCAGGGCUUUGGGAAGUGCAUUGGUGUCAGGAAUCUGUAAACUGAAGGAACUUUCAGUCGGACUCAACAGAGUUGGAGACAGUGGAGCAAAACACCUGUGGACUGCCCUCAAACACACACACUGUAAACUCGAGCUACUAGAUGUUGAGAUGCUGGACCUGACGGAUAACUGCGUUGAGGAGUUGUGUGAAGCAGUCGCUGCUAGCAACACUCUCUCAACGCUCAUCCUGAAGAACAACAAGCUCACCGAUUCCUCGGUUCUGCCCUUGGUCAAAAUGAUGCAGGAUCGACAGGCAAUGCAGGAACUUAACCUGCAGUAUAACGAAUUCAGCGAAGAUGUGUUUGAGCAAAUGGACACCUGCCCAAAGAUCAGAUACUGAUUCCACACAUUUCCUGCCCUUCUGGUCCAUAAAUGUUCACAACUGGUUCUCAGAGGGAAGCUCUGGAAUCAUUUUAUGUCAUUGUUAGUCAUUGUUAGCUUCAAGCCUCGCGCCACAUCACUGGGUGUAUCCUUCUGUAAGCCUUGGUUAGUGUUACAGAUUUGUUCCUUCCAGUUCACAGACCAAUUCUGUUGAGCGGUAAACAUUAUCAAUACUACCCAGACAUAAGCCUUUAUA